AUGGAGGAAGCCACUAGCUCCGCCCACCUGGAGGACCUGGCUUACCUGGAUGAGCAGCAGAGACACACCCCCUUAAGAACCUCCCUCAGAAUGCCCAGACAGAACUCUGGGACUCGUAGUCAACAAGACCACAGAGUUCAGUUCACGCCAUACCGGCCCCCGGACAUCGCUCUAAAGCCCCUCCUCUUUGAAGUCCCCAGCCUGACCACUGAUUGGCUCUUCACCAGGAGGGAAUGGCUAUUCCAGGAAGUGGAUACUCGUCUCUGCGGUGACGACCCAACAGCAAAAAGGGGCGUGGUGAUUGUCGGCAAUGUAGGUUUUGGCAAAACCACCAUAAUCUCUCGCCUGGUUGCUCUCAGUUGCCAUGGAAAUCACAUGAAGCAAACGGCCUCAGAUGGACCGCAUGCAGCAUCCAAAUAUGGGGAGUCUGUCUCCCUCGCCCAUGGUUCUCUGGGCCAAGGAAGUUGUUCAGGAACUUCAGAUCUAAGGAGACAACAGGAGGAGGCACUGGGGAGAUUGGCAGCACAGGUUGUGUCCUAUCAUUACUGUCAGGCUGAUAACACCUUUACCUGUCUGGUUCCUGAGUUUGUCCACAACAUGGCGGCACUGCUGUGCCACGCCCCCCAGCUCUCGGCCUAUCACGAGCUCCUUCUGCGGGAGCCACACCUACAGAGCAUGCUCAGUCUGCGCUCCUGUGUCCAGGACCCCACUGCUGCCCUCAGGACAGGAAUCCUGGAACCUCUGGACUCCUUGUACAGAGACAGUCGGCCUGGUAAUGGGGAGGGAUCUCUUGUUCUAAUUGAUGGUCUGAAUGAGGCGGAGUUCCAUAAACCUGACUACGGUGACACCGUGACUUCCUUCUUGUCUGCAAACAUCAACCACUUCCCUUCCUGGUUAAGGGUCAUAGCUACAGUCAGAACAUCUCACCAGGACAUCACUGGUUCUUUACCUUUUCAUCAUGUCUCUCUGGACAGAAUGGAGGAGAACGACUUCAUCGACCAGGACCUGCAGGGUUACCUAAUGCAGCGUAUCCACGGCAGUAGCGAGAUCCAGAGCAAUGUGUCUCUAAGCAACGGUCGCCUGGACAACACCGCUGUGGCCAAGCUGAGUGCCCACCUGAAGGCUCUGAGUGGCGGCUCCUACCUGUACCUCAAACUGACCCUGGACCUGAUCCAGAGAGGCUUCCUGGUCCUCAAGAGUUCCAGCUUCAAGGUGGUUCCUGUCAGUCUAGCGGAGGUGUAUCUGUUGCAGUUAAACCUUCGUUUUCCCACCGAAUCCUCCUUCCAGAAAGUUCUGCCCAUCCUCAAUGUGGCUGUCGCCUCCCUGCACCCCCUCACUGACCAACAGCUGUUUGCAGUCCUGAAUGCGGGGGCGCUGCGGGGCGGUCUGCUGGAUUGGGAGGACUUCACCCAACGUCUGGACCAGCUGUCUCCAUUCCUGGUCCGCCGCAGGGACGGCAGCCGCAUGUUCAUCCACCCAUCGUUCAGAGAGUGGCUCAUCUGGAGAGAAGAGGGAGAGAAAAACAAGUUUCUUUGUGACCCCAGGAGUGGUCAUAUGCUGCUUGCCUUCUGGUUUUCCAGACAGGAGAAGCUGAACAGACAGCAGACGGUGGAGCUUGGACACCACAUCCUGAAAGCACACAUCUUUAAGGGGCUAAGCAAGAAAGUCGGGGUCUCCUCAUCGGUUCUGCAGGGCCUUUGGGUGUCAUACAGCACUGAGGGUCUCAGUAGCGCCCUGGCCUCUUUACGCAACCUAUACACUCCCAAUAUAAAGGUGAGUCGGUUGCUGAUAAUGGGUGGAGCCGAUGUGGACUACCGCACUGAGGUCCUGAACAAUGCCCCCUUGCUGUGUGUCCAUGCCCACCUGGGCUACAGUGAUGCCCUCCACCUGCUGCUGGAGCAUGGAGCUCAGGUGGAUAGUCAGUCAGACAGCUGUGUGACCGCACUCUGCUUUGCUGCUGCUGCAGGACAUUUAACCAUCGUCAAAACACUGUGUCAGCGCAACGCUAAGAUAGACCAUUUGGACAGGUCCGGUCAGUGUGCAUUGGUUCAUGCAGCUCUACGGGGACACCUAGAGGUGGUGGACUUCCUGCUGCAGACUGAGUGGAAAUACAGCCAGGGGGUGCCAAUUACCAAGAGCCAGGCAGUACAGCAGGCCCUCAUCGCUGCUGCUAGCAUGGGCUUUGCAGAGAUUGUGUCCUACUUGUUAGACUUCCCAGAGAAAGAUGAGGAGGUGGAGGAGAGAGCUCAGAUCAACAACUACGAUUCCCUGUGGGGAGAAACAGCUCUCUCAGUGUGUUCUGCUCAGGGGCAGGUUGAUGUCUGCAGGUUGUUGUUGGAACAAGGAGCUUCUGUCCUGAAGCCAAACAGACGAGGACUUCUGCCGCUCUUCAGUGCUGUUAGACAGGGCCACUGGCAGAUAGCAGAGUUGUUACUAAAUCAUGGCGCAGAUGUCAACAUGGCUGACAAACAGGGAAGAACUCCUCUGAUGAUGGCAGCCUCAGAGGGACAUCUGAACACUGCCGAGUUUUUGCUAGACCAUGGAGCCUCCCUCAGCCCCACAGAUAAGGAGGGGCUGACAGCACUGAGCUGGGCAUGUUUGAAGGGUCAUCCCCUGUUGGUUAGAACGUUCGUGGAGAGGGGCGGGGCCACAGCUCACACUGACAAGAGUGGCCGCACCCCUUUAGACCUGGCCGCCUUCUAUGGUGACCCGGAUGUGGUCCAGUACUUGGUGGACCAUGGUGCAAUGGUGGAACAUGUUGACUCCAGUGGGAUGAGACCGUUGGACCGGGCCGUGGGAUGUCGUAACACCUCGGUGGUCGUCGCUCUGCUCAGGAAAGGAGCCAAGAUAGGGCCAGCUACCUGGGCGAUGGCAACCUCUAAACCAGACAUCAUGAUGGUUCUGCUCAGUAAACUCAUGGAGGAAGGAGACUCAUUCUACAAGAGGGGGAAGGUGAGGGAGGCAGCCCAGCGUUACCAGUAUGCACUGAAGAAGUUUCCCAGAGAAGGUUUCCAUGAGGACCUGAAGGCCUUCAGAGAACUCAAAGUCUCUCUGCUGCUCAACCUGUCUCGCUGUCGACGCAAGAUGAAUGACUUUGGCCUGGCUGAGGAGUGUGCCACCAGGGCUCUAGAGUUGAAGGCCAAUUGCUACGAGGCCUUUUACACACGAGCCCGUGCCAAACGCAGCAGCAGGCAGUUCCACGAAGCCCUGGAGGACCUGAUUGAGGCCAGCCGCCUGUGUCCAUCCAACAGUGAGAUCCAGCGCUUAUUGGCCCGCGUGGAGGAAGAGUGUCGGCAUCCCCCUCCUUCAUCACAUCGGCAGCAGCAUCAUCAUCAACACCAUCAGUCCACUUCUAACACGGAGAGACGCCCCCUGGAGGUGGAGCUUCAUGCAAUCCAGACUGCAGACUCUGCGGAGGGGGAGACAGCGGAAGAGGUGGGGUUUGUAGAGGGAGAGGCUCCUCCCCUCUCCCCUUCCCCGCCUCACUGUCAGUACCGCUCCAGCUCCAUGUCCGACCAAUAUCAACCCCCCCGACCUAAACCCAGUUCCCACCCCCUGAAGAUGGGGCUGGUUCAAGGCCACUGGCUCCAGCCGGCCAAAGCACAGAUUGUCAAGAACAACCAGCCCACCUCCUCGACUCAGUCCAGUGCCAUUCAGUUCAGUUCUGCCUACUCGCAGAUGGCCCACUCCAUAUCUGCCCUCCUGCCCCCGGACUUGGCUGAGCUGGGGAAGGACCUCUACUCGUCUGCCCCGGAUGGGAGAAACUCUCCCCAGUAUAUGCGGCCUAGUCCGCAGGUCCAGGCUAGCUCAAGUUCUGGAGCUUUAUACCCGCAGGACAGUUCGACCUUUGACCUGGGCCGACAGCUCAGACCCUCAACAGCGUAUGGGAGAGGAGGAGUAGGAGGCAGAGAGAGGGCGGGGUUAAAUGAAUUAGGCCCAGCCCCUCAGAUUAGUCGCAGCCAAUCAACAGUGGCUUAUAACUAUGUGGAGGUCCCCGUUAAGCCGGAGUCACAUCACCACCACCAGAGGGCUCCACGUCACCCAAUAAGCAGCCAUCCCUCCCUCUCCUCUGCACCUCCCCCCAGUCCCCUCCUUUACUCCUACAGCUCUACCCAGCAAAUGAAAUUACCACUGGAGGGGGGAGUCACUGGUUAUCAUCAUAAUCUGUCCUCGAUGUCCCCACCCCAGUCAGACUGGUGCAUGCUAGGGGUCGGGACUUACCCUGGAGAAGCAUCCCGUUCAUCCAAGAACAUUCCUUUUAUGGGCAUGAUUGACAAGAAUUCCAGGGUGCACAAGCAGUAUCAGCAGCAGGCCCCUCCCACGUCUUCCUGUCCCGCCUCCUCUCGGUCCUGGACCGUGUCUUCAUUGGACACAGUGGUCAGCUCCCCUGCUACGUCAACUAGCAACACACCUGUCAAUCAGAGAAGCUACAGCCAAGCAUCACCUUCAUCCAUUGCCUUUUACAACCACAGCAACAACGCCCACAGCCACAAGACAGGCCCCACCUCCCCCGUCAAACCCAAGAGACCUUUUGUAGAGUCCAAUGUGUAACGAAAGAGAAAGGCGUCAUCGGACAUCGGACAUUUUUAGGAGCGAGGAGAUGAAGAGGAGUAUAAUUUGCAGUUGCAUAUGAACACAGAGAACUUUCCCUGAGGAACUUCCUGUAACCCACAAUGCACUGCUGUGUUCCUGUCCCUGCAGAGAGAAGACGACUCCUAAAAUUCUACCUAUGUAUUUUCUUAAGUUCAGACGAAGGAUUUCUCUUCUGGAAGAAGGAGAGCGUAGCUUAAGACGCCGCUGUCCUCAGAGGACCGUGUGUGUUUUGUUCCAGAGAGUUCCAUCAGGUCAUAUCAGUCUCAUGCAUCACAGGUAGGCCCACAGCCCUCUGAGGGUCCUGACCCACAGUUUCAGAAACCAGAGAAGAGUUGGAAAACAGAACAUCGAUGCUCAGCACAUGUGGUUUGAAGACGACAGCUGUAUAUACGUGAUUUAAGCAAAGGAUAUUUAUCUUUAAGUUAUGUCUAAUAUUCUGUAUACCUUGAUUUUUACUGAAAGUUGUACAUCUCUGAGGACUUGUGGUCAAACCUUCUGAAGGUUUUCACUCCAAGGAAGUUUUUGUUAAUUUAACAAUCCUGUUUACAUCUUUUAAAAAAUACCAGCAACUUAUUUAUUUUCUUCUUUUUAUUGACUGAACCUGCUCUGUUCAUACCUCCUUUCAGACCGCCUUUUCAUGUGAGCCGUUGAGUUGUUAUUUUGGUCCAGACUCGGCAUCUGAUUCUGGACUGGCAGACUCUGGACUGAGCUCUGUGGACGACUUGUACAGACCCCGGUCUUCAUCUUCUAGUUACCUGUACGGUUUCACUGAGCUCUGUGGACGACUUGUACAGACCCCGGUCUUCAUCUUCUGGUUACCUGUACGGUUUCACUGAGCUCUGUGGACGACUUGUACAGACCCCCGGUCUUCAUCUUCUGGUUACCUGUACCUGUACGGUUUCACUGAGCUCUGUGGAGGACUUGUACAGACCCCCGGUCUUCAUCUUCUGGUUACCUGUACGGUUUCACUGAGCUCUGUGGAUGACUUGUACAGACCCCCCGGUCUUCAUCUUCUGGUUACCUGUACGGUUUCACUGAGCUCUGUGGAUGACUUGUACAGACCCCCGGUCUUCAUCUUCUGGUUACCUGUACGGUUUCACUGAGCUCUGUGGAUGACUUGUACAGACCCAGUCUUCAUCUUCUGGUUACCUGUACGGUUUCACUGAGCUCUGUGGACAAAUUGCACAGACCCCCGGUCUUCAUCUUCUGGUUACCUGUAUGGUUUCACUGAACUCUGUGGGCAACUUGGACAGACCCCCGGUCUUCAUCUUCUGUUUACCUGUACCUGUACGGUUUCACUGAGCUCUGUGGACAACUUGGACAGACCCCCGGUCUUCAUCUUCUGGGAGGUUAAUGUUUUUGCCUCAAACUAUCAUUUACAAAUUCCCUUCUGGAAAACAUUCCAGUGAAAUUUUCCAGCACAUGGAAAGAUGCAACAAGGUGUUUUUCUUCUGUUACAGAAGACAAAUAUUCCAGAAAAUUCCCGAUCUCUCGUGUGUUUGUUCACGCUGGGAUUUAUUUACAAUUUUUCUUUUUCCAUAGCACAUUCUGUUGAUUCCAGGAAGUUUUAAAGAAACACCAACGGCCCGGACCAUCAGAAAGCCUGCGCUGAUAUGUAAUAGCACCACCAACAGGAAGAACUGUCAGUUUUCCAAGAUGGGCAGGACUACUACAUAGUACAGCCCAAUGGACAUCCAAUCAGGAAACCUGGACCAGGAAAUUGCUUUUUUUUUUCUUCAGAGGAAAUCUGUUUUUAUUUUCUGAUGUAUACAUUUCUCCCAUUCUCAAUCUGACCCAAAGAGACCUGCAGAGACCUACAGAGACCUACAGAGAGCGAGAGAGAGUGAGAGAGAGAAUGGGGGGGAUGAUAAUUAACUCACAUAAGUGACCUAAAAGACACUACAGUCUCUCAGACCGAUAGACCAAAUCACGUCUGUUACAGGAUGUCUGUCUCUCUCUCUCUCUCUCUCUCUCUCUCUCUCUCUCUCUCUCUCUCUCUCUCUCUCUCUCUCUCUCUCUCUCUCUCUCUCUCUCUAGUUCCUGGUUGGUUAAACUCUACAGUUUUUCUUAUAACUUAUAAUAACUGGCACUGUUCACCAAGAGGUGCGUCUGGGACCCGUUUGGCAUACACAUGCACAGUUUAAGGACCACUGCCGCCGCCUCCUCCUCCUCCUCUUCUUCUUCUUCUUCGGUGGAGAGAAGCUGUCAGGGUGUGGGGGAGGGCAGGGUAUGAACUGUACAUGAAUGUAUGAUGUAACAUGUAAACUAUAAUGUGAUUUGUGAAGGAUAAUAAUGAUGAUCAUAAUAAAUGUAAUAAAAGAACAACAUGUUUUAAGCUUUCUAAACUCUCCACACUGCUGCGUCACACCCAUACAGAAUUUUCAUCCACAAAGAUGGAUGGAAACCGUUAUAAAAAGUAAAUGACUACUGAAUGUCAUUCUUAAAAGCUUAGACAGACAGAAUCUGAUGUGGGCCAGAAAGUUGAAACAAGAUUAAACCAGUGUAAAACAGA